UCAUUGUGCUCUCGCACGCUGCGGUAUUACUGUACAAGCCCUGCACUGCAUGGGAAGAGCUUUGCUGCUUCUGCUUUGUUGAUUGUUGUCUGCAUCCCGUAAUUUUGGCUGCAAGCUCCCUUACACCGCGUCUUACAUUGCAAACAUUGGUUGCAAACUCCUUCCCAUGUCAACCUGAAAGGCUUCGAGAAUGCGACCCAAGUCCCGACCAAGAUACGAACCAGACCUCCAGUAUUUGACAUCGCACUUAAGGCACCGGAAUGUCGCACUACGCUCUUCCUCUACGCAAAACACAGACAGACAACCACUACGCUCUUCCCCAGCGGCAGACGUCAGUCACCUCGACAGUGUCCUCCGCCUACUCCGCGGCAUCGAGCGCUUAUCUCCCCAGCAGGGCCAGCACGAUAACCUCCACAAAUUCCAGCUUCUACUCUAAGGGAUCACCUACGCACAAGAGGGGGGCCAGUGAGGCGGGUGACAUGAGUCCUGCUCGAACAUACGGAGGACGCAGUAGUGUGGAAAACAGUCCUGACCAUCUCUACCGCAAUGUCCGCCAAACUCUGCGGCCACUUCCGCAAGCUCCGUCUCCGAAAGGCACCUCGAAUGCUCGAAGACCUAGUGGCCAGCAUGUUCGCGCCCACACCAUCGACCGCUUCCCACAAAGCCAUUCGGAAGACCCGUUUAUUGAGAAACAUCUACAUGAGCACCAUCACGAGCCAAGCCAACCAAGGCCACACCUACAUCAUAGCGUCACGAGUCCUCAUGCCACCGCGUUCAAAGCUCCAGAUAUACAAGAGUUGCAGAAAUCCUCCACGUCACACCUAAGAACAUUGUCAAGAUUUGCCCAAGAUGGUGAUGUCGAAGAGUUCGGGAUCACAGCACCGGGACAUUCGGUGGUCGGGCUGCAAAAUCGGCGCCAGCUCAAGCGCACCGACUCAGUGGCGCCAGGUAGUCGUUCGAAAGCUAAGAGCUACGGUUGGGGCGAAAGAAACUGGAUGGACAAACAGAGACAGUUCCUACAGGCCUACGAAUACCUCUGCCAUAUCGGGGAAGCCAAAGAAUGGAUCGAGGACAUCAUCAACAAGCCCAUUCCUCCCAUUGUGGAACUCGAAGAGGCACUGCGCAAUGGAGUGACUUUGGCUGAGAUCGUACAAGCCUUUCACCCUGAUCAGGUGUUGAAGAUUUUCCGCCAUCCCAAAUUACAGUACAAGCAUUCCGACAACAUCGUUCUAUUCUUCCGCUUUCUCGAAGAAGUUGGCCUACCGGACCUCUUCCGCUUCGAACUGAUUGAUCUUUACGAGAAGAAGAAUAUUCCCAAGGUCAUAUAUUGCAUUCAUGCCCUGUCAUGGCUUCUGUACCGCAAAGGAAUGGUGGACUUCCGAAUCGGAAAUUUGGUAGGCCAGCUCGAGUUCGAGCAUCACGAACUGGAGCAAACUCAGCGCGGCCUCGACAAGGCUGGCGUUAGUAUGCCUAGCUUUUCGGGAAUGGGUGCCAGUUUCGGAGCUGAACCCGAACCCGAACCUGUUGAGUCAGAGGAGGAAAGGAUAGCACGAGAGCUCCAUGAGCAAGAGGCGGCUAUCGUGGACUUCCAAACCCAAGUUCGAGGAGCACUGGUUAGAUUACGACUUGGAGACAUGAUGCAACAGCUAUGGGACUCGGAAGAUGCCUUGAUUGACCUCCAGUCACGUAUCCGCGCGGAGUGGACUAGACAGAUUGCCGGGUAUCGGUUGGACAUGCAACGGUUUGCGACAAGUCUUCAGGCAGCAGCUCGGGGCUUUCUAGCACGUUCUGCACAAAAGAAGAAGCAGCAACAUUGGAAGUCAAGGGAGAAAGAAAUUUUGAAACUCCAGAGCCUUUUCAGAGCAGGCAAGGUGCGGACGGAAUCUCGAACACUCAAGUCCCAUGUCCGCAGACACGACGCAGGCAUUCGAGACCUUCAGGCAGCCAUUCGAGGUGCGCUUUCAAGGCGCGACGCCUUUGACCAAUAUGAAGCGACGAGGACGGCUGAAAAUGAAGUUGUCGCUUUGCAAGCCAAUAUCAGAGGUAUGCUUGCCCGGAUACAAGUUGAGAGAACCCAUGAAGUUCUCGAAAGACAAUCGCGGCAGAUAACGCAGGUCCAAUCUUGCGCCCGGGCACUGCUCGCCCGUCGUUCUCAUGGCAGGCUCCAAAACGCCCUCCAUGACUUCUCGCCAAAAUGGACUUCACUGCAAGCUGUGAUUCGAGCCAGCCAGACCCGGAGGGAACUGGCGGCGCUGAAGCGUGCCCUACGAGCCGAGUCUGCAUCUAUCAGUCAAUUCCAGGCCGCCCUGAGAGGCGCAAACACUCGAGAGAAGCAUAACUUGUUGAAGCUCUUAUUGCUGAGGCAGUCAUCCGCCACCAUUCCAGUCCAAGCUUCGAUUCGAGGUUUCUUGCUGCGCGGUCGGCUUGAAAAGCAGAAGAAACUGUUGGCUUUGCAGACUCCCAGAAUCGUGCAACUACAGUCCUUUGCCCGAGGUGCCAUUUUGCGGUUACAAACUGCAGAUACGCUCACCCAACUGGAGGAGAGCCAAGACAAGGUGGUGCUGGUGCAAGCGGUUGUUCGUGGAAUGCUCUGUCGGGGUCGAGUAGCAGACUUCCUGAGCGAGUUGGAAGCACACGAGGAAUCUAUCAUCGAUUUACAAGCAGCAAUCCGGGCAGCAGCUGUACGCACCCGGUUCGCAGAGAGGAAGCGCUAUUUCAAGGAGAACAUGGACAAGGUUGUCAAAAUCCAAAGCGUGGUCCGGGCGAAAAUCCAAGGCAAAGCCUAUAAAAGCCUGACUUCUGGCAAAAACCCACCCGUUGGAACACUGAAAGGAUUCGUGCACUUGUUGAACGACAGCGACUUUGACUUCGAAGAAGAGAUCGAGUUCGAGCGUCUACGAAAGACUGUGGUUCAGCACGUCCGUCAAAAUGAGCUUGCAGAUCAGUACAUCACUCAACUGGAUAUCAAGAUCGCUCUUUUGGUGAAGAACAAGAUCACUUUGGACGAAGUCGUGAAACAUCAGAGACAUUUUGGCGGCCAUGUGGGUGCUCUACUACCAAAUUCUGAUAUUUCUUCUAAGGAUCCGUUCGACCUGAAAGCCCUCAACAAGACGUCUCGCCGCAAACUUGAACACUACCAAGAAAUGUUCUUCUUGCUUCAAACGCAACCACAGUAUCUGUCAAGGUUGUUCAGGCGCAUUCGAGAGCAGGCCACGGCUGAAAAAGAGUGUGACCGCAUCAAACAUUUAGUGAUGGGAUUGUUUGGAUACGCGCAGAAACGAAGAGAAGAGUACUAUCUCGUGAAAUUAAUCGUGAGGUCUGUCAAGGAAGAGAUCGAUUGCUCCAUGUCUCUUCAAGACUAUCUCAGAACGAAUGCAUUUUCCAACAAGCUCUUUGCAGCCUACAGCAGAUCUCCUCGCGACCGCAAAUUCUUGCGAGAUGUCAUCGGCCCGAUGGUCAAGGAGAACAUCAUUGACAACGCUACAUUGGAUCUCGAGAGCGAUCCUCUUCAGAUUUACCUAUCCGCCAUUAAUAAUGAGGAACUGCGGACUGGUCGACGAAGUCAAAGAGAUCCCAAUGUCCCCAGAGAAGUGGCCAUCCGAGACCCAGAAACCCGUGCGACGUUUAUCGCACAUAUGCAAGACCUGCGAGACAUCACAGAUCAAUUCUUCCUCUGUCUGGAAGACUGCUUGCAUAGGAUGCCAUUUGGUGUCCGGUUCGUGGUGCAACAAACCCAGGAAUACCUCCUAGCCCGAUUCCCUGGGGAGGAUCCCGAGUUUGUCCUUCAACUAGUAGGACAAUGGCUCUGGCGCAAUUACCUCCAACCCGCCCUCGUGGAACCAGAGAAGUUUGGUGUUGCUGAUCGAGCAAUGACUCAAGAACAGAAACGAAACCUUGGAGAGAUUGCCAAAGUCUUGAAUCAGGCAGCCUCUGGGCGUGAGUUCGGGGGAGACAAUGUCUACCUCCAGCCGUUGAACAACUAUGUGCGCGAGGCUAUCGGUCGCUUCCGAGUCCUCUGGAAACAUGUUAUCUCCAUACCCACAGCGGAAGAACAUUAUGACAUUGACGAGUUCAACGACCUGUAUGCCAAGACGAAGCCGACCUUGUACAUCAAGAUGUCGGACAUUUUCUCGAUACACAAGCUGUUAUCCCACGAGAUCAGUACCGUCUGUCCCAGCCAGGACGACAUCCUUCGCGAUAUACUUCGAGAGUUGGGUAGCGUCCAAAGUAACGAGAGCGAGCUCCGAGGCGUCAGCUCCAGCGAAAUCAGUCUGACAUUGAGCCCCAAGUUCCUCGAUGUGGAAGAUCCCGAUGCAGAUGUCAAGGCGUUGUUUACCGAGACCAAGCGGUGUGUUUUGUACAUCAUCCGUGUACAAUCAGGAGCCAAUCUGCUUGAGAUAUUGGUGAAGCCCAUCUCUGAGGAGGACGAAGAAAAGUGGGAAGCACUGGUACGAGAAGAGCUGCGGCCCGGUAACAGGCGGCAUGGGGCGUACGCAGAUGCCAGCAGCCACCUUGACAUCAGCGCAUUGUCGUACCGGGAUCUCAAACGGAUUGCUUUGGAAAAUGUUCUGCAGCUGGAGUCGAUAGGUCGGCUGACCAGGACGAAUCAUUAUCAAGACCUACUCAAUGCCAUUGCAGUCGACAUACGGACCAAGCACCGUCGAAGAUUGCAACGGCAGAGAGAAUUGGAGAAUGUCCGAACCACCUUGGCACGGCUAAACGAGCAAGCCGUGUAUCUCGAACAACAGCUCAAGACGUACAACGACUACAUCGAGCAGGCGAUGGUGACUCUUCAGAACAAGAAGGGCAAGAAGCGAUUCGUCAUGCCGUUCACCAAGCAAUGGGAUCACGAAAGAGAACUUCAACGAUCUGGACGGUCUUUCAAGUUCGGCUCAUACAAGUACUCGGCACGCACGCUUGCGGACAAGGGAGUCCUCGUCCAUUGGCGAGGGUACAACGAGCGGCAAUGGGACCGAGUGGACCUGACUAUUUCUUCCAAUGAAGUCGGAGUGUUCACCAUCGACGGCAGUUCGGGUAACAUGAUGAUUCCCGGCGCGAAUGCCCAAGUCCCGCUGGAUGAUCUGUUGCAGGCACAGUUCAACAACACGCAGUUUCUGGAGUUUUUCGAGGGCGCGCUCAGGGUCAACGUCAACUUAUUCUUGCAUUUGAUCAUGAAGAAAUUUUAUAAUGAAUGAGUGAUGAAUCGAAUCGAAUUGAAUCAAAGCAUAUGCAUACUCCCAGUUAGUUCGGCGGAAAGGGUCUCGGGGGCGCGUUUUCAAUGGUUUGGAGAGCAGCACAGGCUGGUACCACUGUAGACGCUUGGAAAUUGUUGUCAAGGCGAGUACAUAGGUGAUUGUGAGCGCUGCUGUCUAGAAGCUGCGGUCUGGAGAAGUCAAGAAUACAAUCAUAGAGCCAUUGGUGUCUUGUCAAUGCUUUUCUACCGGUA